AAGCGUGUCCUUGUUGGAAACUAUUGUUUGUUUUCUGAUAUACGUUUAAUGGUUUAAUUUAAGCUUCGAACUGAAAUAUUUGAGCUAGGAUGGAACUGCAUAUUGAUGUUGAUAGUUUUUUCAUCCCUGUUUAAGCAAAUAUAUGAAUUUGAAAUUUGAAUACGUUGAGUUGGAUUUUGGAAACUUCAAUCGCAAAAUAAAACGAUAUGUGGAGCACAUUCGUUUCAGAAGGUGUUGGAUUCUCAACUGAAGCUUCGAAAGAAAAACAUUCAGAAUCUUCUUCAACUCAGACUGAGAUUUUACAUAACGAGGAUAAAGAUAGCCAAGUACCUCUUCAAAGUAAUGCUGAGGUGCAGACUGAGACUUCAAGUACAAAAGAGCAACAGUUUGUGGAGUUUGAUGUAGAAUCAUUGACUUCUUUUCUACACAGAGUAACUCCUUAUGUCUGUUCUGUAUUAGAAAAGAACAGCAGAAGUCUGGCUUUUGCCAACUAUAAUUUGAUGUCUGAGAAUGAUGAAGUUGGCAUCUCUUGUCAGUAUUUGCUGGAUCGAUCUCUUCCGAAUGAAUUUUGCAGUCCAUCUGUCUCUUGGAAUGCUGUUGGAACUGCCAUUGCUGCAGGAUAUAGUAGCAGUAAUCAUGAAAGCUGGUGCGAACAUGAUGGAUCAGUCGGGAUAUGGAGCCUAAAUCGCAAAGACAUGAAUCCAAAGAAGCCAAAUAUAGUAUUAGAAACAGAUUGCUGUGUAACUGUUGUUGCAUUUCAUCCAAAAUUACCAGCUAUACUACUAGCAGGAAAAUUUAAUGGUGAAAUAUUGCUGUGGAAUAUUUCCAAAGAAGAUGAUCCUUUGUUGGGCAGUUCUGAAAGGACAGUUGGAAAUCAUAGAGAACCAAUUACUGGCUUACAUUGGCUUUCUAAUUCGAAAUCAUCCAGUGCAAUUGAGUUUGUUAGCUGUGCUUUAGAUGGGAAGAUACUACUAUGGCGACUUGAAAACAAUACUUUUAAAGCAUAUGAUGGGUUCAUCAUACUUGUGAAGGAAUUACCAAGAAAUUUUACAAUCAAAACUAGUAAAGAAAAUGCUGAAGUGGGGAUUAUUUCACUAUCAGUCAAUUUUGAAGAUCCUUCAAUUUUUGUCAUUGGAACAGAAGGUGGUGGGAUCUUUCAAGGAUCUUUUAAUGCUUUGAAUCCAGCAUCAUACACAGGUGUUACAUCAGUAGAACUAAAAAAUCCCAUAACCAUGAGUUUUGAAAGACAUAAAGGACAAGUAACAUCAGUUCAGUUCUCCCCUUUUACUAGAAACAUAUUCCUCACUUCAGGGAGUGAUGGUGAAGUCCGACUUUAUAACUUAAUGCAAACAAAACCAGUGAUGGUUCUCCAGUUAUCAUCAGGAGGUGUAAACGCUGCAUGUUGGUCUCCAAUUAGACCAAUGGUAUUCAGUUGUGCAUGCAGUGAUGGCGAGCUUCAUGUGUGGGACUUGAUGAUCAAUAAAACAGCACCAACAGAAACAAUAACGUUGGAUCGAGGACAAGUAGGAGGUCUAAAUUUGCAGUACAAUAAAGAAAAUUUCCAGUUGCUGGCAACUAGCACAACCAAUGGAAAAAUUUCUGUAUGGCAGCUACCUGAAACAUUAUUUAAUUCAAACUUUGAUGAGCAAAGUUAUUUGCAAAAACUUGCAAAAAAUGUUGAGUAAAAUUACUGACUUUAUGUUUUGUAUAAAUGUAAAUGAUAUC